AGGUACAUGUAAAAAAAGAGUUUAUUCUACAUAUCAAUAUCUACAGGUUCAAUAUAAACACAGUGUAAUAAUUCAAUAAUAAAUGAUAAUUGCCUUGUGAUAAAUUUAGUAAAUAAUAACAAAUGUGAGUCUGCUAUUCCAUCAUCUUCAGAUUUUCAGCAUCUGAAGUGUCUCCUGUAUAAACAGGAGCAGAUCUUCCAUGUUAGACUAAAGCAGUGUACACCAAUAAACCCACAUCCUAUAAGUCUACACUUUUCAUUGUUUCUUCUGUACUUGGUGCAUUUGAAAAGCUCUAAUGAGUGCUUGUAAGAGAGAAUACAGCUAUUACUAAACACAGAGUCUCCAUGCAGUGUGUUGAUUUGUUUCAGGAGGAGCUGAAAACUGCUCUGAAGCCCCUACAGGAGAAACUGAAGAUCUUUAAAGACUGUAAACUGCACUGGAGUCAGACUGCAGAACAUAUAAAGAUUCAGGCCCAACGCACAGAGCGGCAGAUUAAGGAGUUGUUUGAGAAGCUUCACCAGGUUCUACGAGAUGAAGAGGCAGCCAGGAUAGCUGCACUGAGAGAGGAAGAGGAGCAGAAGAGUCAGAUGAUGAAGGAGAAGAUUGAGAAGCUGAGCAGAGACAUAUCAUCUCUUUCAGACACAAUCAGAGGCGUAGAAGAGGAGAUGAGAGCCGAAGACGUCUCGUUCUUACAAAACUACGAGGCCACAGUGAGAAGAGCUCAGUGCACACUGCAGCAUCCAGAGGAGCUUUCAGGAACACUGAUCCAUGUGGCAAAACAUCUGGACAACCUGAAGUUCAGAGUCUGGGAGAAGAUGCAGGACGCGGUCCAAUACACACCUGUAACUCUGGACCCCAACACUGCUCACCCUCUCCUCAUUGUAUCUGAUGAUCUGACCAGUGUGAGACUCAGUGAUGAGGAACAGAAGCUUCCUGAUAAUCCAGAGAGAUUUGAUGAUCGUUACUGUAUCCUGGGCUCUGAGGUCUUUAACUCAGGGACACACUGCUGGGACGUUGAAGUAGGAGACUGUACACUGUGGUAUGUGGGUGUGAUGACAGAAUCUGCGCAGAGGAAGGGAAAUAUAUUCUCCAGAAGUGGAAUCUGGUAUGUGUGGUAUUCUGGUGGUAAAUAUAGAACAUGUUCUACACCACAGCCAGACAAGAUCUUAUUAAAAACUGGGACAGAAACCUUUUCUCCAAAGGUCAGAGUAUUGUGCACUGUGAUGUAUUCACUCUGUUUCAUGUCAGCUUUGCUUUGUUUUUAUUUGUGUGUACGCUCCCACCAGUGCAGGGGAGAGAAUGGUUUUCUUAAAUAAACUAGACAAGGUCAU